UAAUAAGAGACUGUGAUGCACUGAUAGUCUCUUGUGCCAUAUCCGGAACAGAUUCUUCAUUUGCAGCCACCAAACCAGUUCUUCCAAACGAGAGACUUAAAUUAACAUCAAACCACAUAGAUACAAUUCCCUCGAAACAAAAGCCAUGAAUUUAUUCCUCUGAAAACGCUCGUAGAUAAUUGUAAAACCCCGCCAACAUGUACAUUAUGUACCCCACCUUUACUUUUCUCUGUUUUUUCAUUCUUAAUUCAUUCAUUUAAGCAAAAACCUGUAAUUUCAUGUCUUUUGAAUCCAAUACUCUUUUGAGUUUUCUGAAAUGGGUUUGAUCAAAUUGGCAUGGGUUCUUCAUUUGUUUCUCACACUAGCUUGUUUAAGAACCCAGUGUUUUGCUGCUUCAAAUGUCUCUGUUAACCUUGUAAAGACUCCUUUGUCUACCUCAAGACGAAACAAUGCUAAAUUUGUGUUUGAAGUUUUAGAGGGUAAAGAUGUUUGCAGAAAUUGUACCAUGAAAUGCAAGUUGGAUCAUCUAAAUUCAUCAAACUGUGAAACUAAACAAGUUUCAUAUGUGGGUUUACAAGAUGGAGAUCAUAUGUUUGAGGUCUGUAUCAAUGGGUAUCAUGGAGUGCGCUGUGCUACCUAUAAUUGGACCAUUGAUUCAGUUCACCCUACUGCAUAUGUAACAGCUGCAUCACCCUUUACAUAUGCGCCGAAUGUUGCUGUAGAUAUAUUUUUCACUGAACCAUGUACCCUUGGAGGUGGUUUUGGGUGCGCAUCUGUCAAUUCUUGUAAUCUUCUUGUAUAUGGUCCAGGCCAAGUUAUACCAUCAUCGCUCAAAAUCCAAGAACCAGAUCUCAAAUUUUCGCUGCUAGUGAGCUUAUCAACUAGUGUUCAGUAUGGAAGGGUCGUGUUAGUAAUGGAUAAGAAUUUCUGUACGGAUAGCGCUGGAAAUAGUUUUACAAGGACUAAAAAUUCAAGUUUUCUUGUCCAUUUUGUGCUUCUUCAGAUAGAAGGAGUGUGCUUUCAAACAUGAUAAUUCAUAUCCCAGAAAUGCAACUUUAGCUCAACAAUGAAAUGCGAACAGUUCAGGCAACUAACAAUUACAAGAGCCUUCAUGUGUAUUUGUACUUCUCAGAACCUGUUCUCAACUCAACAAAAGAAAUUCAAAGGUUUAUUCACACAAACCAGGGUUUGCUACAUCCUCUCUAUGGGAAAAGCCGUGGGAAUCGUAGGUUUAUUUUCCUGGUAAAAGACGUUCCAGACGUUGCCGUUGUCACUAUAAGCGUUGAAUCAAGCUCUAUAAUAAGCAGGCAAGGAACUCCAGUUUCUCCAAUCAGCCCAGUCACUUUCCUUUACGACUCGCGAAGGCCUUCUGUGAAACUGAGUACGACAUCUAAUAUGAGAACAAAAGAAGAUACUGUGCCUUUUCUGAUACAGUUCUCCGACCCCGUAUUUUACUUCAACUCAUCAUCAUUAACUAUAUCAGGGGGACAUUUUCAGAGCUUUCGCGCAAUAAGUCAGAGUGUAUAUUCUGUGGAUAUACAUGCAGAUGAAAAUCUUGUAUCCAUCUGUGUUCUUGAAAAUACAACCAGAGAUGUUGCUGGGAACAGUAAUCUAGCAUCGAACAUGCUAUACGUGAGGCACUAUGCCGUUCCUUUAGUAUCAUAUAUGGUUUCAGCCUUUGCAACUGCUGUUUUCGCUCUGACAUCUUUAGCUGCGGGGCUAUUAACUGUUGCAACUGCUAGUCUUCAUUCUAUCAAAAGAUCCUCAAGAUCAUCUUCUUUGGCUGAUCCUGCUAGGAUUCUUUUCAGAACUGCAUGUCAUAUUCAGGUUUUUGCACUCUCAAGAUGGUUAGCUGUGACACUGCCUGUUGAAUACUAUGAAUUUACGAGGGGUUUACAGUGGAGUAUUCCUUAUCUUAGUCUUCCAUGGGAAGGUGAAUAUGUGAGGUCAGUCAUGGUAGAUUCAAGCCCUCGUUCCAUGCCACAUUCAGAAUUCUCAACAACAUAUGAACCAAGAUUAUUCGCUAACCCCAGAUCAGGAGAAGCGAAAUUGGACAUAGCUCCCUCCAUAGCUGGCUUGCCACUUACUCCGAUGGAAUACACAUCCUUUUUUGUUAGCCAGAAUUUGAAACCUGAAGCUGAAUAUAUCACGGAUUUGAAUGACUCAAAUGGGUGGAGGGAGUUUGAGCGAAACAUGUUCUGGUUAGCAGUAUUUGGUGGCAGCUUGUUGCUACUCCAUGGUCUAAUACUCAUUCUUUUGAAGUGGAAGAGGAAUUCCGAAGAAAAAAAGUAUAGUGGAGCUCUUGUACUGCCAAGAUUUCAGAUUUUCCUGACAAUUCUUGCAUUGCCCUGUAUCUGUCAAGCCUCGGUGUUUCUUAUUAAAGGAGGAGAAACUUGGCAAGAGAUAGUUGGUAUCUUAUUGUUGGGAGUUCUAUGUUUUCUACUUGUGGUUUUACUGUUGUUUCUUUCAGUCGGGAUAACAAUGGGUAAGUUACUUCAGUACAAGGAAGUUCAUCAAGAAGGUCAGAAAUUUCAUUGGUAUCAAGAAAUCAUAAGGGUGACUUUGGGUCCUGGUAAAAGAGGGCAAUGGACAUGGAAAAACCAAUCUAAUUCCGUCUAUUUAACGAUGUUAGGCCCCUUGUUUGAAGAUCUUAGAGGACCACCUAAGUACAUGCUUUCCCAGUUUGUUGGAGGUAGCCACAUCCGUGGUGACCGCAUUAUCGCUUCUGAUGACGAAAAUGAAGAUGCCGAGGCACCCUUGAUUCAAAAAUUAUUUGGAAUUCUUAGGAUUUACUACACUUUGCUGGAAUCUGUGAAGCGGGUAGCUAUCGGGAUUGUGGCAGGGUUAUAUUCAGCCAAUAACACUUCAAGCACUCCAACUUUAGUUUUACUAUGCAUUACUUCAUUUCAGCUUUUCUUCCUUGUUCUGAAAAAGCCUUUUAUAAAGAAAAGGGUUCAGUUAGUAGAGAUCAUCUCAGUUUUGUGCGAAGUGGGUAUUUUUGCUACAUGUCUGAUUCUUAUACAGAGGGAAUUUUCUUUUGGCUGCGAGACAAGAAUUGGAAUCUUCAUGAUACUCCUGUUUCUUAUUGGAUUUACUUCUCAAAUCAUUAGUGAAUGGCAUGCGUUAUACAAACAGAUAUAUCGAUUAGGGUCCGGUGACAAAAGAUUUGUGUCAGGCUUGAAAACCACACUGUUUGGGUUACUGGUGAUUUUCAUCCCUAGAGACUUGCUUAAGAAACUUGAAGUUCAGCUCCAGAAUGGUGAAACAGGGGACCCUGUUUCUUCUACUGAUCAGAAUAGAAGCUCGGGGAGUAGGAAAAGCUCGGGAGGUUCUGCAGACAAGCCAUGGCUUAAACGACUAUCAGAACUCGCAAAAUCUAGCUUCAGCAAAGAUGGCAGUGGGACAUCAAAAGAUCCUUCGACUAGUCGAUUUUUUUGGAGCGGCAAAAGAAGUGGAAGUUCGUCUCUAGCUUCUUCGGCAGACUUCAAAUCAAGAUCAAAAACAAUGUACAGAGAUUUGGAGGACAUUUUCUCGUCCAGGUGAACUUUUAUCAGUUCACAAGUGUUUUAGUAAUACACUUUGUCAAGCCACAGUAGGCCUUUAACUUUUACCUGAUAGAAGUAUCUUGUCAGAAGUUCGGAUGAUUUGGCGGUGUAACAGUCAUAACUUAAUGAAAGAUGGUUCUCAUGAUUUCAUCAAUAAAUUAUUGAAUACCUCAAUUGGACCUGAAUUCAGUGCGCACGUUAUUCGUGCUGGGGCAACAUUUUGCUGACUGUUGAGUUACAUUUGCUGUUUAAAUGAGAAUUUUGUCAACGGAUGAGUGGAAAAAUCCUGAGGGACACUAUUUUGGCAGUAAUCUCCUUAGUCACCGCGUAUGGUCCAUGCCUACAAAGACAGUCGGCAGCUUUUUAAUUGCGGAAAUUUAUCGGAGAAGCAGAUGGUACCAUCUCCUUCUUUUAAACUGUGUUAAGAGUUUCUCCGAUGGUUGAUGUGCUUAUUUCAUGUGUCAAC